UCACUGACGAAACAAACGAAGCCUUCGCGCGUGCUACGAACACUUUAAGCGUGCGGGAGCAAUGGCAUCAGCAACGAGCACAGUCGAUCAUGCUACAACGUCACGGGAGUCCGUCGGGAGAGGCGCACUCUAUCGGGGCACCGACCACUCUUCCAAGGGAAGUACAAAGGCUCCUAGUACCACGUGGAAUACACUCAUCGGUUCAACUGACUGCAGGCCGAUGUGGCUCCCUCUUCUUUUGAUACCGGCAGCCGUGGUAAUCGUUGGGGGCCUACUCAUGUUCACAUUCCUCGGUGAUUCACGAGGUGGUUCCAGCGCUUUCUAUUGCUCCUCACCGGCAUGUAAGAAAUUCGCAUUCGAAGUGUCUCGCCUCAGACAAGACAACCGGACGACUUCGCCGUGCGACAACUUUUACAACCACGCUUGCCGUCACUGGAGUGAAGCGGGCAAUCUAUAUCUGAGCAAGGGCUACUCGUACGACGACCACGUCCGAUACACGAUUCUGCAAGGCCUCGCCGACAGCCUGAAUCGUGGGACAAAAAAAUCCGACGGCCUCUUCCGAACAGCCCUGUAUGAGAUCUUCACUCGGUGUAUGCAACGCCGGGGAAGCGCCACCAACCGGGAGUUUUCUGAGGCGCUAGGCGAACUGGGCUUGCAGUUUCCCAUCCUUCCCGGCUCACAGCCGCCCACAACGUUGGGCAUUGCCGCUGGACGGAUGGCCCGCCAUACGGGACUCAUGCCUUUCUUUCGUGUGAAACUGAUCGCCGAUCGCGGGCGCACCGGGCCCGGUACACAGAUUCUUCUGACUGUCGGUGACGAAAUGGGUGUUCCCCACCGAAUCCCUCCGGACGUAGGAGCACGGACGUUUGCACUCAUGAACAGGAUGAACCGUCGGUUCAAAGACGCCGCGGACGCGGAAGCCGUCUGGAGGAUCGAACGGAACAGGCGCACGUUGCUGAACAUGUCGCAAGACGACGACGUCAUCUACGAGCAGAUGACCGUGGAAGAGUUGUCGCGAAGAUUUAACAGUCCCGAGCUUGAGUGGUCCUUCGAAGAAUACCUUCACACCAUAUUCGACGAGGCCAUCAACAGCAAGACCAUUGUGUUAAUUAAAAACGUCGCUUACGUCACAGAACUGUCCAAGUUCCUCGCCCAGGACCAUGCACUUUUUCUGUCUUCCUACGCCAAUUACGUGUGCCUCCACCUGCUCCUGCACUACGCCCCGUACUUACAUGACGCUGAUGCGCACUACUUUCUGGGACUACUACGGUACCCUUGGAGCACGCUGCCGGGUAACAGUAUGUUGUGCGCACGUAUGGCCGAGACUGCAGUCCCUCUCGGCGCUCAUUUGCUGUUUGCUGAAAGAGUGAUGGCUCGCCUUGGACACAAGGACAUUCAAAGACUCUCUAACUACACGCUGCAGAACGUCCGCGAUCUGAGCAAUGCUCUGGACAGUGUGUAUGCCGUGUCAAGCUACUCUAGCGAACGAACCAGGGUGAAAAUAUUCCACAAGCUGCGGCAGCUUCGGGUGCACACGUUCCUUCUGGAGGAAGACACGAAGGCCUUUGAAGACGUCGUAGGCGGGAAUAUAAGUCAGGUGUUGUCCGAAGGAGCCGUCACUUCAGCAGUUGAACUGAACAGUCGGCUGUGGAACACGCAUUGGAGUUCCUUGCGAAGCGGGAGCGGCCACUACUUAAAACUCGGAUACCUCCCCUCCGUUCUGGAUCUCUACAGUAACUACGUGCCGGAGUUCAACACACUUUUUGUGUCUCUCGGAGCCAUGGGAGAUGGCUUUCUGGAGGGCGACGAUGCUUUUGAAUUGGACAAAGUCAGAAUGGGCUACCGCAUCAUGCAUGGCCUCGUUGGCAUUCUACUGGACGACGCAGAAAUGUGGUCUUGGUCGGGGGACCUCGACGACGCUCAAGACUUCUAUGCGGCCAGGAAGAUUGAGCAAGUGCGGUUAUGCCUCAACUAUAGCCUUUAUGGAAGUCUCUACGAAAGCGGGCGGCGCACGGACUUCAAACUGGACGAGGCUUUUCGCUCGCUUUCUUCAAUAACACCGUUGUACAGGUUCUUUAGGAAGAAGAUAUUCCAGCAGGUGUACCCUCAAUCCGAAUUUCGGAUACAGCCCAUACCUGGACUAACUGAAAAUGAGAUGUUCUUCUACUCAUUAGGGAAGUCGCUGUGCUCAAGGGACGACAAAGCGCUGGUAUCCACUCAAGAAACAGAAAAAUUAGUCAACAUAGUUCUUGCGAACUGCGGGCCGAUGUUCAACGCUGCUUUCAGGUGCAAGCUCAGUCGGGACUGCAACUUCUUUCCAACAACGAGACACUCGUACAUUUAAAUGCACGAGCAUUUUAUUAAAAUUGUGAAAUAAUAAAACAAUAAAAUAUGUAUUUGA